GAUACUCGCUGGUCAUCAACUCAUUUAAUGAUUGAACGAGCAUUGUUCCUUCGCCUGGCUAUAAAUGCUUUCCUCUCAUCUGAUGAUUUCCAAGACCUCGCAAGAAACAACAACAUCAAUACGCAUGACUGGGAUCUUCUUGAUGACAUGAGUACAUUUCCACAGGUACCGCACCAGUUCCAGGAGCAGUUAUCUGCCGAGAAGACUCCGACACUUUGUGACAUGCUUCCAGCAUUCGAAGCUGUUUCAGCCCUGUGGCAAGCUCAGAAGGAAGAAUUUCCUUCACUUUCGCGUGCUAUUAAUGUGGGUCUUGAGAAGCUCUCAGAAUACAUGGAACUUGCUCGUGAUGUUCCAGCUUAUAUGCUUGCAAUGGGUAUGUCCCUUCUGGCUUUUAUUACUGAAUGA